AUGGCACCGAGUUUUGAUGAUGCCAACGCUUUGAUUGAUUUUGUUGUGAGAGAUGGCAAUGGUGUCAAAGGUCUGGUGGAUUCAGGAAUUUCACAAGUACCAGAAAGAUAUAUCCAACCACCAGAUGAGCGAAUGGAGAAAGUUGUUGAAAGCUCAAAAGAUGGCUUCUCAUCAGUCCCAAUUGAUUUGUCAAAGCUUGAUGGUCCUGAUCAUGAUCAAGUUGUGGAGGCCAUUGUUAAAGCUGCUGAGACACUAGGUUUCUUUCAGGUAAUCAACCAUGGAAUGCCUUUGGACUUCUUGGUGUCUCUAAAAAAUGCCGCACACCGGUUUUUUGCUCUACCGGCAGAUGCAAAAUCUGUUUAUCUGAAGGGUGUCAGUCCUAGUCCCUCUGUGAAGUAUGGUACAAGCUUUGCUCCAGAGCAAGAAAAGGCUCUGGAAUGGAAAGAUUUUGUUAGCAUGGUUUAUACCAAUGAUGGUGAUGCACAACAGCAUUGGCCUAAAGAGUGCAAGGAAGAGGCAUUUGAUUACCUGAAAUCAUCAAUUGAAAUGGUAAGAAGGCUGCUGACAGUGUUAAUUGGAAAUCUUGGAGUAACCUUUGAUGACUCAAGACUCGAAUCCCUAAUUGGCAUGAAGAUGGUCAACAUGAAUUUCUACCCCAUUUGCCCAAAUCCAGAACUGACAGUUGGUGUGGGACGCCACUCUGAUAUGGGCACAUUAACUGUGCUUUUGCAAGAUGGUAUUGGAGGUUUAUACGUAAAGCUGGAAGAAAGUAAACUUGAUGGCAGAAAAGAAGAGUGGAUAGAGAUUCCACCAAUUCCUGGUGCUCUAGUUAUUAAUGUUGGGGACUCCUUACAGAUCCUGAGCAAUGGAAGGUACAAAAGUGCUGAGCAUAGGGUCCGUACGACGAGCAAACAAUCUCGAGUUUCUGUACCAUUUUUCGCUAUUCCAAGGCCAACUGCGAAGAUAGGUCCGCUGCGUCAUCUGGCAGAGCUUGAUGGGGGAGCAAUCUACCGAGAAGUAGAAUUUCAGGAGUAUAUGAGCAACUUUUUUGGACAUGCUCAUGAUGGAAAGAAAUCCCUUGAUUUUGUCAAAAUAAGUGCAAAUUAA